UGGAGAGAAAACGCACUAACAAUGUCCGUCCCCCAGCAACGACGGAAAUGGUACUAUGUGCAAUGGUUCGCAGACCAAGACACUAAAGAGGAGAGAAAGCUCAUCCUCAAGCUUGACUUAUUGAUUGUGCCGUAUGCUUUUUUGGCCUACUGGACCAAGUACAUCGACCAGGCGAAUAUCAAUAAUGCAUACGUCUCUGGUCUCAAGGAAGAUCUGGGUCUUCAUGGCAAUGAGCUCGUACAACUGCAGACGAUUUACACUAUUGGCGCUGUGGUGGGCCAGUUACCCUUCGCCUAUCUCUUCACCAAACUCCCGAUGCACUGGAUCAUUCCGUUCAUGGAUAUUGCAUGGGGUAUCUUCACAUUAGUACAAUACCGAGCAAAUUCAUAUGCUGAAUUAGCAGCCUAUCGCUUCCUAGUUGGAUGGUUUGAGGCGGCGUACUAUCCCGGAAUGCACUACAUUUUCGGCUCCUGGUAUCGAAGCGAUGAGAUCUCCCGACGAGGAGGGCUGUUCUAUGUCGGUCUCACAUUAGGAACUCUCACCGCAAGCCUCAUUCAAGCAGGUACAUCAAGUAGCCUGGACGGCGUCAACGGACUCUCCGGCUGGAGAUGGAUGUACAUUAUCUGCGCCGUCAUCACCAUACCCGUGGCAAUUAUGGGCUACUUCCUUCUUCCAGGAACACCAGACAAGCCCAACAAAUUCUUCUUAAAAGACAAAGACAUCGCGCUCGCCAAGUCUCGGCUGCAGCGCGCUUCACACAAGGUCGAGGAGUCGCCACUUACAUGGCAGACUGUUCUCAAAGUCGGGCGCAAUUGGAAAUUCUGGGCGUUACUCUGGCUGGACAUUCUCUUCUGGAACGGCAGUGUCAACACCACGACCGGCGGCUACCAACUAUGGUUAAAGAGUCUCAACCGCUUCUCGACCAGCCGAUUGAAUGAACUCGCCGCUGCCUCUCCGGGCCUUGGAAUCUUUUACACGCUUUUGGUGUGCUUUUCGUCUGAUCUAUUACUCGGUCCCGCAUGGGCAAUUACUGUUGCCCAUGUAUGGAAUAUUAUCGGUUGCACGAUCCUCGUUAUUUGGAAUGUGCCGGAGUCGGCGCUCUGGUUUGCUUUUAUGACAACCUAUUCGGCCGUUGCCAUGUCUAGCGUGCUCUAUGGCUGGAUUAAUAGCCAGCUACGUGCUUCCCCGACAGAGCGUGCGGUGACACUGGUUAUUGUCAACAUGAUUUCCCAAUCUACAACUGCUUGGACGCCGUUGCUGGUUUUUAAGACUGUUGAAGGACCGCGGUUUACAAAAGGGUAUUCCUUUGUUCUUGGGAAUGCGAUUUGCCUGAUUAUUUUGUCGCAUGUAGUACAGCAUUUUAUUUCAAGGCAAGAGAAACUUGAAGCCAGAAACGGCUGCCUGCCUGGCCAUGACAGUGCCGAUGACUCGAGUAACCUGGAAUCUGGACCCCAGCAGGAGAGUGUAAUUGGAAAGGAUAUUCACAACUAG